AUGGUUACAAUUCGUGCCUUUCUCGCUGUUGCUGUUGCUCGUGGAUGGCCUCUUUACCAAAUGGAUGUGAGUAAUGCUUUCUUGCAUGGUGAUUUAACAGAGACAAUUUACAUGAAGCUCCCCCCUGGGUUUGUGUCCUCAUGCCCGAACAAAGUUUGUCGUCUCCGAAAGUCUUUGUACGGUCUUCGUCAAGCUCCUCGGUGUUGGUUUGCAAAGUUGGCAGACUCUCUCACUAAUUAUGGGUUUCACCAGUCAUCUUCUGAUCACUCAUUAUUCACUUUCAAUCACAAUGGUGUGCAACUAUAUAUUCUUAUCUAUGUAGAUGAUCUCGUUAUCUCUGGCAAUGACAAUACUGCUGUGCAUCAUUUCAAGCUCUACUUGAGUAAUUGCUUUCAUAUGAAGGAUUUGGGCACAUUGAAAUACUUUCUUGGUCUCGAAGUAGCUCGCAACGAAUCCGGUAUUUUCCUUAGCCAACGAAAAUAUGCUUUUGAUAUCCUUGAAGAGACUGGUCUCUUGGGUGCAAAACCUGCUGCUGUCCCACUAGAGGAAAACCAUCGAUUGGCUUUAGCUAAUGGAAAAGAGAUGACCGAUCCUACCAGUUAUAGGAGGCUCGUUGGUCGGCUUAUAUACUUGACAGUUACUCGUCCAGAUAUUUGUUAUAGUGUGCACGUUCUUGCACAAUUCAUGCAUAAACCGCAGGUUCCUCACUGGGAAGCUGCACUUCGUGUGGUGCGUUAUUUGAAGGCUAAUCCAGGGCAGGGGCUUUUCUUUCGGGCUGAUUGUGAUCUCCGUCUAUAUGCCUAUUGUGAUGCUGACUGGGCUGGUUGCCCGCUCACUCGUCGCUCAUUGACUGCUUAUUUUGUUCUUCUAGGAACUUCCCCGAUUUCAUGGAAAACUAAGAAGUAA